AUGACUUUGAUUUCAUUUGCAAAAUUUCCAGUGCCGUUAACAGUUCGUUGUAAGUUUCUCGAGGGUGUUUUAAGAUUUUCCGCCAUGGCUUUCAACAAGUUAUCCAUAGAUAAGGUCGACUUGAAGGAUAAAAGAGUUUUGAUGCGUGUGGAUUUCAAUGUUCCAUUAAAAGACGGCAAAAUAACAAACAACCAGCGUAUUGUCGCUGCGUUGGAUUCUGUAAAAUACGCCUUAGAGAAACAAGCGCGUAGUGUUGUAUUAUGCUCGCAUUUGGGGCGUCCUGAUGGUAGACCAAACCCAAAAUACACCCUUAAACCAGUAGCUGAAGAAUUGGAAAAACUAUUGGCUAGACCCAUUGUUUUUCUACCUGAUGCAGUUGGGCCUGAAACUUUAGAAGCAUGUUGCUCUCCUAAACCAGGAACUGUUAUUUUGUUGGAGAAUCUCAGAUUUCAUUUGGAGGAAGAAGGUAAAGGGGAGAAUGAAAACAAAGAAAAAAUCAAGGCCUCAAAAGAAGAUAUUCAAAAAUUUCGCGAAAAUUUAAGAAAAUUAGGGGAUGUUUACAUAAACGACGCUUUUGGAACCGCCCAUAGGCCUCACGCGUCAAUGUUGGGAGAAGGUUUUGACAUCAGAGCAUCAGGAUUUUUGCUGCAAAAAGAGUUGAAAUAUUUCUCGAAAGCUUUGGACAAUCCGGAAAAGCCAUUUUUGGCGAUUCUAGGUGGAGCCAAAGUGGCAGACAAAAUCCAAUUGAUUGAAAAUUUAUUGGACAAAGUAAAUGAGAUGAUUAUUGGUGGUGGAAUGGCCUAUACAUUCCUGAAAGAAAGUCAAAAUAUGGCGAUUGGGUCGUCUUUGUACGAUGCUGAAGGUGCCAAAAUUGUCAACAAAUUGUUGGAAAAAGCGAAGGCAAAAAAUGUGCAAAUCCAUCUGCCAGUUGACUUUGUAACAGCAGACAAAUUUGAUGAGAACGCCCAGUCCAGUUGCGCUACUGUUGAAUCGGGCGUACCCGAAGGGUGGAUGGGGUUGGACAUCGGUCAAAAAACAGUCGAACUUUUCAGGGAGCCAAUCAAAAGAGCGAAAGUUAUCGUUUGGAACGGACCGGCCGGCGUGUUUGAGUUCGAAAAAUUCGCUCACGGAACUAAAGCUAUAAUGGAUGAAGUUGUCGAAGCCACCACAAGAGGCGCCAUCACCAUUAUUGGCGGGGGUGAUACUGCCACAUGCGCCGCCAAAUGGAACACCGAAGACAAAGUUUCCCACGUUUCUACAGGCGGUGGUGCCAGUUUGGAACUUUUGGAGGGAAAAGUCCUUCCCGGUGUUGCCGCUUUGAGCGAUGCCUAA